GGUGACGGGGGGGGCGCACCACUCUAUGGCCCUGGCAGGGCCCACAGGGAAGCUCUUUGCCUUCGGGCGCUCCGAUUCCUCCCAGCUGGGCAUCGGCCGGGCGGGCGGGGUGCUGGCGCCGGGAGCCUCGGAGGCUCUGCCCGUUCCUGUCCUCUUCCCGGCGCGGGAGGCGGGCACGGGCAAGCCGCCCUUCGUGACGGGCGUGUCCUGUGGAGGCACCUUCAACUUGGCCACCACCAGCAGCAACCAGGUCUACUCCUGGGGCUUCGGGGAGAUGGGCCAGCUCGGGCACCGGCCCGCCAGGGGGGAGGAGACCUCAGACGAGCCCUGCCCGCGCUUGGUGGACAUGUCGCAGGCUAGGGGGG